CUUCGUCAUGCCCUCCGCUGGAAGAUCUCUCGCCGGUAGUGCCUCUCGGGAUUCGUCCGGUCGUCGGACGUCUUCGUCAUGUGCCAAGGUCAAGCAAACCCUAACGUGUUCUUGGCUCCGUUCCCUUCUUCAUCGAACAUUUUCUUGGAUCCAUAGAACGAACUCGAGUACGGGGCGUCAAUGCGAGUUCGAAGAUUGGGCAUGGCGUUCCAACAUCCACGUCCUCUUCAUCCAUCAGGGCACGAACUCGUAUAUCUGGGAUCGUGCGAGAUCCAAGAUUGGACAUGUUCCAAGAUCAAUGUCGUCUUCAGGUUCAAACCCUAACGCGUUCUGGUCCGGUCCCUUUCUACACCGGACCUUUCCUGGAUGCAGAGGAGGAAAGGUUUCAGCCCGAGUGUUGGUACGACCUGGACCAAGUGCCGGACAUCAGUACAAGUUCUUGGGCCGUAACCCGAACGCGUUCGUGGGCGGGUUCCCUUCUUCAUCAUCAACCUUCUCUUGGAUGCCGGGAACCCAAUCCGUGUUGCUACGCCCUUGACGAAGCAGCGGGCGUAGUAUCGGAAAUCAGUAGGUAAUCCAAGAUCCGUGUCCUUUGUCACGUACCACUUCCAAGCCAACAAGUCGGUUCACUUCAUCAACCUUUUCUUGGAUGCAGGACCAUCAUGCUUGAUCUCUCUCAAAUGGAGACACAUUCAUUGAUCCAACAUUCGCCGACACCGACAUUCUGCUUUGAUCAUAAAUGGAGACACCCAUUAUCCGGUAAUGUAUCUAUUCAGGGAUCCUCUCCAUUUUCAUAUUGCUGCACGCUAUGAUAUGAACGUACAAUUGGAGUUACAUACUUGUCUUGGUCGGAAAAUGGGUCAUA